CACGCGUCUCUCGUCUCUAUCUGGAUUGGACAGAUAAAUGUGUGGCUUUCCUCUAACUUAUCUAAAGACUACUGUGCCAAGGGGGGCAGUAAGCAGAACCAGUUACAUCAUUCACUGUGAGGAGGAGCGAAUCUGGCAGUUAGACGUAACAAAAACACAAAAACGCUGGGCGAUAUAUCUCAACUUUAAGAACGAAUUCACGGAGUGUAAAAAGAUUUUUUAAUUACCUCAUCAUGAAAACUCUACAAUGGGCAUUAAGAGGCUUAGUAAUGUUGCUUGUGGUGAAAGAAGUCGAACUGAAAGUAGGGAUAACGAAAGACAUCGUUCCCUACGUCAUCCCCAGGGGCAAUGACGGUCGUCUCACCUGCUACAUCAGUCAGUUGAACAAAAACGUGGUGCACUGGUACUUUUUAAAUGACAGCGCUGUCGGAGUGAAGCAUCUUUUUGGCGGUGACAAUUUGAUUGCUACACAUGAUAGGAACAAGUACGAGUUGAACCAGACGACUGUUGGGGAGCAGACAACGUCAGUGUUAACAAUCCGGCGCACUUCAAUACCAGACGGGGGGAUGUAUCAGUGUAUGGUCCAGAUCCUUGGUGAACCUUCUCACAAAUGGCCCAAGAGGAGUGGACUGUUGACUGUUGCUAUAAUGCCCUGGAUUCGUAAAAUAAGCUCUAACGUAGAGGCCAGUGAGGGCGGAAACGUCACCCUUGAGUGUAACGCUGCCGGAAAACCGAAGCCAAAGGUAUCAUGGCACAGGAAAAACGGUCAUCCCAUACAGGGGCUGGGGAUCUACGGAAACGAGAGUUCUUAUGAAUACGUGGGUUCCGCUCUCACCUUAAAAAACAUCACAAAAGGCUCCAGGGGAGUGUACGUGUGCACCGCUGUCAAUGACAUUAACAAACCUGCCUUCGGAGAGGCAAUGGUGAACGUGAUGACCAAACCCACCGCCAGGGCGGUGAAGAGCUUCGAGAUGGAGCCCCAGGGGGUUUACGCUUCUGCCAACCUGGAGUGCAUCAUAGGCGGUUCGCCCCGUCCAACGAUGACUUGGUACAGAACGAUUGACGGCUACAAGAUGCCGCUCUUCUCUGGCUCCGACUACGACAUAGAAAGUAUCGUCUCCGAUAAUGCUGCCUAUGGCAGCAAUGGCCUGACAGCUGACGAAGUGUUGUUUAGACUACAUAUUGUGGACGUUGAUUCCGGUGACUAUGAUGAAUAUACUUGUGAGGCAGUCAACCCUUAUGGAAUAGCGACAGCCAAAGUCAGGUUACUAGAGGAAGACAGCUGGGCUUACGACAAUCAGGGGAGUGUUCGGUCUGGAACAAUCCGAGAGCAACUCGAUAGAAAACUACUCUUCGUAACAGUCUUAGCGGCUAGCAUUCCAUUUAUUUUAAUGCGGUAUUAAAACUUAAAUUGUCAAAGAUUAAAAGGUUGUGAUUUUCGUUGAGGUUUGCAGCAUCAGAUCUUUUAGACUCCUUUCAAGAAACGUAUACAAUACGCCAGUCAGUCUUUCCGAUGUCCACAUAUUUAUUUUAUAGAGGAUUACAAUAAUACUACUGGGAGGAAUUCAAAUAGGCCCUAUCUGAAAGAAAAAUAUAAAAGUGGUUAACGCAGAGAUGCUGAAAGUCGUCGAAUGAAAACCUUUCAGUCUACUGCCAGCAUCUACGUUACGCAAGUUCCCAUCAUGCAAAUAAUAUGAGAUAUCAACGACAACGUCACGUAUGGUACGCCAGGAUAUCGCCUACGCCACAAUGCAUAAAUAUUAACGUUGGAUUAUGCCUACCGCACGGAUGGAUCAGGGUCGUUACGACACAGUCACGACAUAACCUACGUUUCCUUGCACAGGUGCAGACAAGAGAUGGAUUGCACGUGGACGCGAGGAAAGCGCCACCACGUCUCUUAUCUACCCUCAAGGAAAUGGUAUAUUACAUUGCGACAUGAUUACAACACUAACUGCUGGAUAUAUAUUUUGGUUCACACCGAUGGAAUAACAACGGUCGGAUUGUAUAUACUGCAAUUUUCUAGACACAUCAUUGACAGCGAUCGGAUAAUUUAUAAUAAUUGAUGACUGCAUCACUCGAUGUCAAGGAUUUGUGAACAAAUAACAUCAAACUCUGUUUUGCGACGAGUUCGUACUUCAACAAGCUUACUAGUACUAGUAUAGGCAUCAGAACGGGCGUUCAUUAAGGUAAGUUUUCCUGAAUAUAGAUUUAUAGGCCACAUUUACACAGGAAAACAUUGUGAUCGCACAAUAAGUAUUAGAGGACAAUGAAGAAAGCAGAAGAUGUGGCACUAAUUCCUCCUCACGAUCACAAAAGAAUUCGUUGUAUAUAAAAUGUACUUAUUUUUUACCAAGAGUAAUAUUGACAUUUUCAUUCUUUCACUUUUUCUGUUAUUUUUGUAUUUAUGAUAACUGGUCAUCGCCUCCAUAGAUUGCUGUAUACUGUUCUUUCUAUUCAUUUCAUCGUAGUGGCAAUCACUUUAUUAUGAAAGUCAACAAUCAUGACAGAACUUCAGGCGUGCUUUCAAACAUCAGUCCCAGAUAAAUAUAUUCCCCAAAGAAGAUGAAAUGAUAUGAAAUUGUAUAAAAAACAGAAAAUUUUCUGCUAAAUUUAUACUUUUAAUGUUGUUAUUUUGACGUCUAGGCUAAUUUGUAAAAAAAUGUGUCUUAUUUAAUGAAAAACAGGUUAUAAACCUCAGUUUCUGGUUCAACGAUACACAUUUUUCAAAUGAUGUAUUGAUUAAACUUACUGUACAUAAAUAUGUGUAUUCCCUUAAUUUAAUU